AAAACACCAGAUCAAACGUCAAAGUCAAACCGUCAUCAACACAGUAGUGUUCCUUUAUUUUUAAAACAUAAAUAAUAAACAUGACGAAUCUUAAAAAUGAUUUGGACGAAUAUUUACUGCUGCAGAGCGAUCAAAAGAAAUCGUUUAAGAUCGACAUGAAAAUGCCAACCAUAAAAGUACCGGAAAUAAAAAGCUUUUUCGGUAGAAAUGAGCCACAGGAAACAAAUAGUUGGCUUCAAGACACACAAGAGAGUUGUUUUCCGAAAUUGUCACGUAUGCAACGAAUAAUUGGGUUUAUCACAUGUAUAGGUCUUGGAAUUUUUUGCAUGACUGUGUCAACCUUCUAUAUUCCCGUUCUGAUACUGAAAGCACGAAAAUUUUCGCUAUUAUUUUCACUCGGUAGUUUGUUCUUCAUUUUGAGUUUCUGUUUCCUGAGCGGUUUUUUGGCCUUCUUCAAACAAGCAUUUUCCAGAUCCCGACUCACCGUCUCAUUAUGUUAUGCUAGCAGUUUACUGGCGACGCUGUAUUUCGCAAUGUUUGUUCAAAGUACAGCAUUCACCGUACUAUUUGCUGUAGCACAAAUAAUCACAUUACUGCUGAUGAUAAUGGCAGAAAUUCCUGGUGGAACGAGUGGACUGAAAUUCUUCGGCUCAAUGUUUAAAAGCAAAGUGUCGUCGACGUUGCCGAUUUAAUGCGAUAGUGAACCGUAUAGAAUCGCGUAGAUCAUUCGGUAAACGACGGAUGACCUGUUAAUUUAUCCCAAAAUAUUAAUCUACCCAAAUUGUGAUAAAAAGAAAUGUGAGAACGAAAA